AUGAGUCGUCAGGUUUUGAUAAGAUCACCGCCUGUGACACGGAGGCAACAGUUAUUGAUAUCGGAGGAUCCGAAGACGGCGAGAAAAGGGAAGAAAUUCGGGGAAGUGGUCGGUGGCACGGCGGCGGAGUGCGCGGCGGUGUGUUGUUGCUGUCCAUGUAGCGUCAUGGAGCUGCUUGUUUUGGGUCUUUUUAAAGUUCCCACUGGACUUUGUAAGAAGGCUUGGAAAAGGACGAAACGACAGCGUUUGAAGGCGAAGAAUCAGGACUUAUCGGGCCCGGCUCAGGGCAGGCCCACGAGGGAGGAGUUGGAGGCUGAACUGCAUCGGAUGGUGGGGAAAGGGGAGCGACAUGGGGUUGAUGAUCAUGAUGAUGGGUCCACGGGAGCAGUUGAAUUUGAAAAUGAGAUGUGGGACCGGUUUCAUGGGACUGGAUUUUGGAGGAGUCAUUCGCAGAUUGAGACGUGA